AUGUUUAAUCAAUGUGUCUUUCAACAACUACCAAUCUUCGACCAGACAAAAUAUGUUCAACCAUUCGAAAUGGCUCCACAUUAUCAAAGCCAACGAGUUUCCCCACAAUGUUGUCCAAUAUCUAGAAUUUAUGAUCAAAGAUAUCAAUCUUAUGUUCAUGGCAAACCACAACCCACUGUCCCGGAGAGAAGACAAAAUAAUCAACACGACAAUGUCAAUUUCAUCCUAAAUGAAUCUGAAAAUGGUUACACUUUAACAAUUCAAAGGAAAUUACCCAAGGAUGCAUUAAUUGAUGCUAUUUAUAAUGAAUUAAGUCAUCAUUAUGAAACUACUCAACCAAGAUAUAAGAUUGUUCGUACUAUAUAUGGUGAUAAAUACAUUCUAGAAGAUGCUGCUGAUGAAAACAGACCAAUAUUAACCAACGAAAAACUUGUACAAGUUGGUCAAAAAUUGGCAAGGAAAUCAUUCCAAGAUUUUGAACUAGAAUUAGAUCAUUCUGGCAUGGAAUUCCAAGUUAAGAGCGAAAGAUGUUCAAUCGAUAAAGUCUUCAAAUUUAAUAACGACUCUUCUGUAAUUGAUGAUUUUAAUAUCUUGAAAUGUGGUAUUGAUGAAAAUGAUAAUCAACUUGUUAUAUUGAAGGUUGAAUUAAUAGCAAAGCAACAAGAAGAGAAACAAGCUAACAAUGAUACAUUGAGCAAUUUAAUCCAAUGGGCUCAAAAUGAAUAUUCGAGUGCUUCUUCAUCUCCUUCUACUUUUGGUGUCACAACUAACUAUGAUCAUGAAAAGAGACAAAGACAACAAGAAAUACAUAGAAGAAAGUUACAACAACAAAGAGAUUCUAGAGAAAAAAUGCAACAGAAACAAAGGGCUGAACAACUAAGACUUCAAGAAGAAAAAGAGCGCGUUGAAAGAGAAAGGGCUGAACAAUUAAGAAUUCAAGAACAACAGCGCAUUGCAAAGCAUAGACAAGAGCAACUAAGAGUUCAAGAACAGCAGCGUUUAGAAAAAUUAAGAGCUCAAGAACACAACCGCUUAGAAAAAGAAAGAGAAUAUCAAUUAAAAAUCCAAGAAGAACAGCGCAUGGAAAAGCAAAGACAAGAAGAGCUAAGGGCUAAAGAACAACAACGUUUAGAAGAGCAAACUCGUAAGGCACGUGAAGAAAAAGAAAGGCAACAAAAAUUAGAAUAUUAUAGAAAUUUGGAAGUUGAAAUGGCCAACGAACAAAAACGUAUAGAAAAAUUGAAAUCUGUGAAGAAGAACGAUCAUCCUCUCAAUGGAAGGAGGAAAUCAGGUCCUAUCUUAGAGAAUGUCGAUGAUGAAGAAGAAUCAAGAUAUAUACAUUCUCUGGAUCAAUCUCCAAAGGGAUCAGCAAUCAUUGAAGAUCUUUAA